AUGCCCAAGAGAAAGGUUGAAGGGGGUGCUAAAGUUAAGGCAAAAUACGAGCCACAGAGAAGAUCCACAAGGUUGUCAACUAAACCUGCUCCUCCAAAGUCAGAGUCCAAGCCUAAAAAGGCCCCUGCAAAGAAGGGAGAGAAGGUACCCAAAGGGAAAAAGGGAAAAGCUGAUGCUGGCGAGGAGUGGAAUAAACCUGCAGAAAAUGAAGAUGCCAAAACAGACCAGGCACAGAAAGCUGAAGGUGCUAGAGAUGCGAAGUGAAGUGUGUGCAUUUUUUUUUUUAUUGAGACAAAGUCUCAAACUGUCACCCUGGGUAGAGUGCUGUGGUAUCAUAG